CCCUUCCUCCUCCCCCCCAGCACAAUGGACAGCGCCCUGCGCCGCGCGCGGCCGUUGAAGCGGCGCGUGGAGCCGGUGGUUGUGGGGCCGGGACCCCGCGCUGCGAAUGGGCCCGGGAGGAACCCGCGGAGUUAUAGCUGGACUCCUUCUUGCUUUGAGAAGCAGAAUGACGGUCUCGCUAUUCUGUUUUGAGAAGAGGACAUAGAAGAUCUGCCGCUGCACUUUCCCCAAGGUGUAGAGUGAAAAUGGUGCAGAAAUACCAGUCCCCAGUUCGAGUCUACAAAUACCCUUUUGAGCUCGUCAUGGCAGCAUAUGAGAAGCGCUUUCCUACAUGUCCAGAGAUCCCGGUCUUCCUGGGGAGUGAAAUCCUACAUGAAUCCAGGAGUGAUGAUGGAGCUAUCCAUAUCAUCGAACGGAGCUGCAAGUUGAAUGUGGAUGCUCCUAGGCUGCUGAAGAAGAUUGCAGGGGUAGAGUAUGUUUUCUUCAUCCAGAAAAACACUGUGAACUGGAAAGAGCGAACUCUCCGCAUUGAAGCCCACAAUGAGACAUUCGCCAACCGUGUUGUCAUCCUCGAGACAUGCAGCUACUCAGUUCACCCCGAGAAUGAAGAGUGGACUUGCUUUGAACAGUCUGCAUCUCUUGACAUCAAAUCAUUUUUUGGCUUUGAAAGCACAGUUGAAAAAAUUGCCAUGAAGCAGUACACCUCGAACAUCAAGCGGGGCAAGGAGGUGAUUGAACACUACCUGAAAGAACUGAUCUCCCAAGGGAUCACCUUCAUCCCCCGCUGGACACCUCCUGCAGUGUGCAGACAGGCAGAGGAGCAAGCCCCGGUUGCUGGCCACGAUGCUGGUGUUGAUCUGCUGGAGUCCAGGGCUGGUGGGACCCCCCGAGAGCAGCCAGACAGCGCCUGCCCUCCGGCAGAGGUGGCCGGCCCUGACGCUGACAAACUGGAUGCUGAUUACAUAGAGCGAUACCUGGGCCAGCUGACGCCAAUGCAAGAGAGCUGCUUGAUCCGCCUUCGCCAGUGGCUCCAAGAGACGCACAAAGGCAAGAUCCCCAAAGAUGAGCAUAUCCUUCGAUUUCUGCGGGCUCGUGACUUCAACAUUGACAAAGCACGAGAAAUGCUCUGUCAGUCACUCUCCUGGAGAAAGCAGUACCAGGUGGAUUACAUCCUGCAGUCAUGGAGGCCACCAGCCCUCUUGGAGGAAUACUACACUGGAGGGUGGCAUUACCAAGACAAAGAUGGGAGACCACUCUACAUACUUCGUCUUGGCCAGAUGGACACAAAAGGCUUGGUGAAAGCUCUGGGAGAAGAAUCACUGCUGCGACACGUUCUGUCAAUUAAUGAGGAAGGACAAAAGAGAUGUGAAGAAAACACCAGCAUCUUUGGCCGCCCCAUCACAUCCUGGACAUGUCUAGUGGACUUGGAAGGGCUAAAUAUGCGGCACCUCUGGCGGCCUGGAGUGAAGGCACUGCUGCGGAUAAUUGAGGUUGUGGAGGACAACUACCCCGAAACUCUGGGCCGGCUGUUGAUAGUGCGAGCACCCAGGGUUUUCCCUGUGCUCUGGACUCUGGUCAGUCCCUUUAUCAAUGAGAACACAAGGCAGAAGUUCCUCAUUUACAGUGGGAAUAACUACCAGGGUCCAGGAGGGCUGGUGGACUACGUGGACAAAGAUGUGAUUCCAGACUUCCUGGGAGGGGACUGCAUGUGUACUGUCCCAGAAGGUGGACUUGUGCCCAAGUCACUUUAUCAAACAGAAGAAGAGCCAGAGAACCCGGAUCACAUCCGGUUAUGGACAGAAACUAUCUAUCAUUCUGCGAGUGUCCUCAAAGGAGCUCCACACGAGGUAGUUGUGGAGAUUUUGGAAGGGGAAUCCGUCAUCACCUGGGACUUUGACAUCCUGAAGGGAGACGUGGUGUUCAGCCUCUUUCACUCCAAACGAGCUCCUGAAACGAGCCACAAAGAGCCCACAUUACCAAAUACCUCAGCUGCUGGGGACAAUGCACAGCUCAUUGAUAAGUCAUGGGUCCUUGGUGUGGAUUACAGCCGCAUGGAAUGUCCACUGGUUUGCCGUGAAGGAGAGAGCAUCCAGGGAUCUCAUGUGACUCGCUGGCCUGGCUUUUACAUUCUCCAGUGGAAGAUGCAUGGCCCUCCACCCUGUUCCAGCACCAGCCUCCCACGGGUGGACGACGUCCUUGCCUCUCUGCAAGUUUCCAGUCACAAAUGCAAACUCAUCUACUACUACGAGGUGCUGGCAUCCAAGGACUUCAGGGGAUCCAUGUCAAGCCUGGAAUCCUGCAACAGCGGCUUUUCCCAGCUGAGUGGAGCCACGACAUCAUCCAGCCAGUCCCAGAGCAGCUCCCACCUUUCUAGAUAGCAGGACCAAGGCUGCAGUGGCCAGGAGGAAGAGCGCAGGGCUUCCCAUUCACCCCAGAGCUGCUCUGUGCACCAAACCAAAGAGCCCCCAGGCGCCAAGCCACAACGCUGUUGGUCCUGUGACCACAUGGAGCAGCUGUGUGAACACAGAAGCUUCUGCGAGCUGCUGGCAACAUGAAAACUUAGAAUACAAAUGGCAGACUCAGACUUUUGGUAUCAGAUGCCCUCUUCUCAAUAGUCUUUUUCACCAACUGCGGUUCUUGGAUGAAUGUCUGUUUGCAUGGAUCUACAUGUUACUCGUCUCUGAAGGGCUCUUUGCAAUCAGUCCUUUUCCUGCAUGUAGGAGAGGAGGCUGAUGUUGCCUUAUCUGUUUGACUGAGGACUGGAUGAUUCCUCUGUACCAAAACGAACCUGGUUUGCUGAAUGCCCAGACCACCAGUUCCAUCGGAACAUAAAGUGGAUGUUGGAGGUGCAGGGAUUUAAAGCAAACCAUGAAGACCUUUAUACAGAGAGGGUGUUUUAUAAAUCAGUUCCAGGGCAAACCUGAAACCCUUUCUGAGCUGAUAGGAUGCUGGUAGGGAAUGGGUUUGGUUUUUUUUAACCCACUGAGACACAAAAGUUGGACUGGUUUUCUAGAAGGUACAGGCAGAGAUUCUGCCCCCAGUAAGCAGCAUCUUAAAGAGACUGGUUUUCCCUUUUCCUCAGGUUUACAAGCAAUAAGGAGUCAAUUGGACUCAUCUCAUUGAAGUGAUGGGAACGGAAUCAAACUGUAAAGGGCUAAGAAAAGCAAUAUUUCAUCUCCUGAAGGCACAAAGCUCUGUGGCAGCAUUGCAGACCUUGCUUCUUUAAAUGUGGGCUAACUUGAAGACAAAAUUUUUAAAAAGAAGCAGCCUGUAUGUGUUUCAGCACUCGCUGAGAUGCGUUUAUUCAAAUACUGCUUAUUUUAAAUUAAUUUUUAACUUAUUUAUAAUUUCAGAAAUUGCUAUUUAUUAAAUCCAAUCGUCUUUUUUAAUGGGACAAACUUUGUUUUAGGAAGGAAUAACUGAUUGUCUUUAGUCCCAAGGAAUCUUUCUACUUGGGUUCUGAUCUUUGACCGCUAGAUGUUCUUGCAUAAAGGGCUGUAUUGGACACGGCAUUGGGGUGAGAGCUGUGUCACCUCUUCCUGCGAGGUAAGGUCAGUCCAGUGCUUCCUGGACUCCAGAGGGAUGUCUCUUAGGAUUAACAGGCAAGGACUGGGCUCGGGACCUGUAAGAACUUCGGUUUGGUGUGUCUUUGUGAUACCCCGGAACCCCAUGUUUGCAUCAUCUCCACUGGUUAUUGCAGCACGUGGGUGUGUAGGGAAGGCGAUGGAGAUCUGUGGAUCAGGUUGGCUGACACAGUUACAGGAGUUCUUGUUAUGGUGGCAACCACACAAGAAUGGGCUUCAAACACUGAGUUGCCCUCUGGCAGCCUUUGCAGCUGGCAGGCACGCGGGACAUGGGAUGUGGGUGGGUCACUGCUUUCGAUCCCACUGGGUUGUGUGGAGACCUCACCCCCACCAGCUGGAGGUCACCAAUGCAUGGAUCUGGUGCCCACAGCACCAUGAGGGCAUGACCUCUGCCACUGCUUGGGUUGUCCCAGCCAAGUGGCUCCUGUCAUGUAUGGGAAAGAUCAGCUGAACUGAGUGAGUUUCCAGUUCCACAGGCUCACAGCUUGGGGUGGGGCAGCACAGAUGAUCCACAUAUCCAGGGCCAUGUCUCUCAGUCAGGACUUGGCAUUUCUUUCCCUCUCAUCAAGUUAUUAAGGUUGAUGGAAUCCAUGCACCUAACCGGUUCCUUCUGACCCUGCCUGUUCCAUUACAGGUUCUGAAGAACCAGGCAUUGACAGAGGAGAAUAGAGCCCCAGUCUCUGGAGCAACAGGAGAUGAAGAGCUUGAUGUGGUUUUGUAAAUUGCUUGGGUUUUUUUAAAGGGCUGGAGUCUAGGAAAUUGCUCUCCCUUGCAUUUCCCACAGGAGCAGAACAGAGACCUGAGUUAUGCAGGGCUCUGGGGAGGAUUGGAUCUCAGAGCAUUCCCCAGUUGUUCUGUUGCCUUGGCCAUUUCUCUCAGAUGUCUGGAACUCCUGUCUCCUGCAUCUCAGCAUAUCUGGGGUCUGGCAGACAGGGAAAAGUACGGCUUUUGCUCUGGAAAAACAGAGGUUCCAAAGUUAAAAGUGCAUCUAUGUGUCCCUGAUGUAAAUUCCUUUACUUGUAAUUAAUUCUGAUGCUAGAAAUAGAGUUUCAAAACGACUCCCAAAGCACCAGGAGCAAACCUGGUCCUCCCGAUGACAUUCCAGGGUUUGUUCCUCAUUGCUCGUUCUUACGUGGUUGGUCACAUCCCAUGGUGGUAUUGUUCCUGUCUGCUAUGGUUAAGAAUAUCCUCGAUUGCACUGGAUUUGUUUUUAUUAUUCUUGCUUUAAAAUGCAGCAUCUGCUGCUCCCCUUCCCUCGGGAGAGCUGAGGGGGUUCAACUCCCAUCAGCGAGGCACCUGGAGCCUGGCAGCCCAGCCAGGGCUCAGGAGGAAUUUGGGAUUCUGGCUCCAUGGAAGGCACUCGUCUCUCAAAUGUCAGCCAGAGCCUUGAACGCCGGGCUCCGGUGGUGAGCGGGACGUGACGCAGGGCCUUCCCUGUGCCCAGCCGUGUCCAUGAGCUGGGGUUGGGGGGAAUAAACAGCUGGGUGCUUAAAAAAAUAGCUCCUUGGUACAUCGGAGCUUUCCUGUUUCAGAUGUUCCAUAUGCAAACACAACACCUACCUCAGGAGCUGUUGCUGGGUUUGCCACAGGAUGGGAGCUCUCACGAGGAAGGGCACUGUGCUGUCGGUACAAAGUACAGUGCUGGUGUUUAUGGUUCAAUACGGCCCGAUCUGAAGCCUUCAGGCUUAGCCAUUCCUGUGGGCUUGCCUCAUCCUGCUGUUUACUGGCUUUUAUCCAAGCAGGACUGGUAAAUGGAAACACAGAGCCCACCAGCAGUGGAUGUGCGUUGGAGACUUAAGUCGAAGGCACGACUGGGAUCAUUUUGGCUAAACAGUUGCCGUCUUUCAAGUGUGAAAAAGAGCUUUUUAACUGUUGAGCCUCAUCAGGACCGACGGUGCCACCAGCCUGGGCAGCCAUGCCAGCCGCUGAACCACAUCCACGUGCCAAGGGCUGAGGGGCAGAGCACUCUCGAACACACUCCUGCGCUGUCAGCAGGGAGGCACUGAGAGUGCCUUGGCAUUUCUUGGCUUCCUGUGCAUUUGCUGUUGGGGAAGAGCAAUCCCGAUGGCUGUGUCCUUUUGUGAGGAGACUGAGUGCCAGCAGUCGUUGUGGCUGCACAUAGGUGUUUGCUGCGGUGUCAGACAUGGGUGUAUUUGGGCUGGCCAGGCUGGGUGGAUCAAUUACCUUUCAGUGACAGGAAAAACACCCAGCAUUUAUUGAGAAUUUAUACUCCUGAUUGAUGUAUUCAUCAAAAGAUUUUGAAAAUGCCAUAAUAUGGCCAUCUGCAACCUGUAAAUCUGCCCCUUGGCACUCCUGGGGGGAAGCAGGGAGCCCAGCCGUUGCCUUGGGCAUGCAUUCCAUGUGCUGACACAGCAGCUUGGGCAGAGCCCACUGGAGUCAGGAACCUCUCCUUCCAGAGUGCAUUUCCCUAGCUCACACUUCAUCAAUGUCUGAAGCGUUUACACUGUGAACACCAAACACUACAAGAAACAGAGGCACUGGAAUCUACAGGCCAACACCAACAGCAAUCGUCAUGGAUUACUGCAUGCUCUGAGCUUUAAUAUUCUCCCCACACGUCUGUGAUGGUUCUUAGACCAGAUUCUCUCUUAGAAAGCUAAACUGGAAUUGUGUGAUAUUGGCUUCUAAUGACAUCAGCAUCCACUUCCAAGCUCUCAGUGACAUGAGGUACAUGGGCAUUGAUAUUUUUUAGCAACCACUCAUGCUCUCUCCCUUGCAGUCACCUUCACUUUCACAUAUCGAAGUCCUGGUGUUUUCUCAGCCAAAACCUACCCAGCACUGUUUAAGAGCACACUAGCAAAACGCAGCGUUCUUUGUAACGUGUCACCUGGCCACAGGUGCAUGUCGUUACGGUGCUCGAGGGCUCCGGGAGGUGCUGUGUGUUUCUGUGGUGGAAAUAAAACCCAUCACUAAAGAACACCGAGUGUUUGAUGCAACUGUUCAAACAAUAAAGCUGAAACUGUCAGCCCAUGCACUGCUG